AAGCCCAAACGGGCCCCGAACCACCAAUGCUGAACCCCCCUUGGCGGCAACAAUCCCUACAAGUCCCCCAGAAUUGGCGCUGCCUGCGUCUCCCCCGAAACUUUCCCCAUUUCCCUUGCCUGCCCUCCUCCCGCCCCAUCCCUCCACCUCCGCCCGCAGCUUCCGCCGCCGACACCACGCCCGCCGCCGCCGCCCAUGGACUCCUCCUCGGACAACAUCGCGGCGCCGGGAGACGAGCGCCAGGAUCCGCCGCCCCCGAACCCUAGCGAGGUGGAGGCGGGAGGCGAGGAGGAGGCGGGAGAGGAGAAAACCCUAGAGCGGGCGGAGGAGCUGUUCGACAAGGGUUCCAAGGCCAUCGAGGAGGGGGACUUCGUCGACGCCGUCGACUGUCUCAGCCGCGCCCUCGAGAUCAGGGUUGAACUACAUGGAGAACUUGCUCCAGAGUGUGCUAGCACAUAUUACAAAUAUGGAUGUGCCUUGUUAUACAAAUCUCAGGAGGAGACUGAUCCUUUGGGUAAUGUUCCCAAGAAUGCACCAGAUGAAGAAUCAGUGAAGAGCACAGCCAAUAAAGAUAAUGGGAACUCAAAGGCAUCCAGCAGCAACGUCAAGGAUGCUCCAUCUCCGGACAAAGGUGGUCUCGAAGAAGGUCAAAACUCAAAUGAGAAAGAUCAGGAGGAUGUGGAUGGUGACAGUGACAAGGAUGGUGAUGAGAUGGGAGGAGAUGAAGACGAUUCUGAUUUGGAUCUAGCAUGGAAAAUGUUGGAUAUUGCAAGGGCGAUAGUGGAGAAGAGCCCAGACAACACAAUGGAGAAAGUAAAAAUCUUGUCUGCUCUAGCUGAAGUCUCCAUGGAAAGAGAGGACAUAGACAACUCACUUGGUGACUACUUCAAAGCUUUGGCCAUCGUGGAGCAUUUGGUUGAGCCUGAUCAUCGUCGAAUUGUUGAACUAAACUUCCGCAUAUGUUUGGUCUAUGAGUUGGCGUCUAAGAUUGGAGAGGCGAUUCCAUACUGUGCAAAAGCCAUUUCAUUAUGCAAGUCACGUUUACAGAACCUGAAAAAUGCAAAGGAAAGUUUGUUGGCUGAUGGAGGUGACAGUGCAUCUGCUGAUGGAGGCUCAAAGAAAUCGUCUGUAGAAGAUGAGAUGGAGGUUAUUACUGGUAUAUUGCCUGACCUUGAGAAGAAGCUUGAAGACCUGGAGCAAGCAAUGGCAACCCCAAGCUCUCAGAUAGAGGAGAUUAUGAAAAGCAUUGCUGCAAAGGCUGGUGGUAUGCAGAAUGCUGGCAGUGUACCAAGAGCUGCAUCUUUGACUUCUUCGCAAAUGGCUGGAGUAAACAAUGGCUUUGAUUCCCCAACUAUGUCUACAGCAGCAACAUCUGGAAGCACUGGAAGCACUGUUACGGACCUUGGGGUUGUAGGAAGAGGUGUCAAGCGAGCUAAUAUCAAGCCUAUUUCUGCUGAACCUUGUCCAAAGAGACUUGCAGUAGAUGCUUCACCAUCUGUGAAAGGUGACAGCAGCAUCAACUCAGACGCUCACCCUGCAGCGCAAGAUGGUGAGGGUUCCGUGUCAAAGUAGAGUUACUUUCGUUUGCCCUACCUCGUGUUAGUAACUUAAUGCAAACUUGUCAGAGCUGUUAAAAUGUUAAGGAAUUGCAGGAACCGUCAACUCUUUCAGAGCUCUGUCUUGCAGUAGCUUGAACUGGUGAUAAGUUUAUCAAGCGUGACAGUUGUUGGUGGCUGAUGCGUGUAGUGAGAUUUGUGCUUUUCCAAA